AUGACCGGACGAAAUAAAACAUCAGAACGUGAAAAAAAUGAAAAAAUUCGUCAAUUACGAGAAGUCAUGGGUGUUUCUGAGCAACAAGCCCGAAAUGCACUACAAUCAAAUGAUUGGGUCGUUGAACGUGCUAUAGGUGCUUUUUGUGAAGAGUCAUCUUCGUAUUCUUCAGCUGGUGGUAGUUCACAUCAUUCAUCACAUCAUAGUCAAACAUCAACAUCAAGAUUUGAUCGCAAAAAAAUCGAACAAUUAUGGACAACUUAUGCUGAUCCACGUGAUACAUCAAAAAUGAAUUUAGAACAACUAUUACGUUUUAUAACUGAUUUAAAAUUUGAUCCAAGUGAUAGAGAAAUCCUUAUACUAUGUUGGAAAAUGAAUGCAUCGAAACAAGGAGAAUUACAACGUAAUGAAUUUUUACAUGGUUGUCAAGAUUUACAAUGUGAUACAUUAGAAAAACUACAAGAUAGAAUUAAACAACUCAAUAAAGAAAUUGAAAAUGAUAAUGAAAAAUUUAAACAAUUAUAUAUAUAUACAUUUAAUUUUGCACGUUCAUCGACAUCAAUGAAAAAUCUUGAUGUACAACCAGCUAUAGCUUAUUGGAAAAUGUUAUUUACUGGAAAUCCAAAUAAUAAACAAUCACAAAGAUUUAAAUUACUUGAUUUAUGGCUUAAAUUUCUUGAAGAACGUUCAAAUCAACGAUCAAUUACAAAAGAUACAUGGGAUUUAUUACAUGAUUUUUCAACAUCAAUAAAACCAGAUUUUUCAAAUUAUGAUCAUGAUGGUGCUUGGCCAACAUUAAUUGAUGAUUUUGUUGAAUUUGCUAAAACAGCACAAACUCAGUCAUCUUCUGUUAAUGUUUAA